ACGCACAAGGGAACGAUACGUGAGAGUGGUAGGGGAAUUAGAGAGUGGGGCGGGAUCAGUUAGUAAGAGUAAAAUAGUGUUUAAGAUUUAGAUCUAAGACUUCAAUUCAGUUACGUAUGUGCAUUAAAUUAAGCUACAAAUGAUUAAUAUCACAGCUAUGGAGUCCUUCCAAUGAUAGGGGGUCACGAAGGAUAAAGAAAGAUUAUCAACAUACAGGAAAACAUUCAAAGGUGCAGAAAUUUGUGUGACAGGCUCAAAAUGGCGGUUGAUGGUGAAAAAGCUCUUCGACAAUCUAAGGUGGAGAACUGUCAACAGAUGCUCUCUCUUAAUGAAAUGUUCCAUCUUGUCGGAGAUAGGCUGACCCCGAAAGAAGUAGUGUGCCUCACCAAAAACGGACUCUCCGAUGUCUCUUCAAACUUAGGAAAAGACUCAAAAAGCCCCUCGGAUGCUAGUGUUUGUAACAACAACACGGCCAGCGGUAGUAGAACGGUUCGUUCUCAUGCGACGGAAGCUAAAAACAUUUCAUCUCCUCCACAAAGCUCUUCUUCCAGACCAAAAGUGACGAACGAAAUCGAUCAGAGAUCUUUGAUGAAAAAGGUGAACGAUGGCUACGACUACUUCAUGGCUUUAGAAAGGGCAGGUAUGGUUGACGGUACGAACUUCGGCAAGAUCCUGCAUGCUCUUGCAAUCACAGGCCGACAGGACCUCCUCCCUUACGUCACCCUUCGUCGACGAAAAACUGUUACACCUGAUCCUGUUGAUGAAUACCUUGAAGAAACCUCUCGUAAUGGCCAGAAGAGACCCAUCGACUCUUCCUUGUCUUCAACCACAAAAGGCUCAACUGCCACUGUAACUGGGACCCCAGCCAAAAGACCAAGAAAAUCUCGUGCUGGCCGUAGCAACCGUAAAUCAAAAACCCGGAUAUCACAAGAUAGUGACAUGAACAAAUCACAGGAUUCGGAUGACAUUAAAAAGAAAGUAACUUGCGAUAUUCGGUUGAGAGUCCGUGCUGAGUACUGCCAUCAUGAAAAUGUGCUUGAAGGCAAUGUCUUCUCAAAUAAACCUGAGUUACUUGAAAGGCAGUUUGAAAAAUUUGCCCAGGCCAACACAAUCCUUAAAUCUCGGGACCUUGGUUCCAUUAUUUGUGAUAUAAAAUUCUCAGAACUCACUUAUUUGGAUGCAUUCUGGCGAGAUUAUAUUAAUGGCUCAUUAUUGGAAGCUCUUAAAGGCGUGUUUAUCACAGAGUCCUUGAAACAGGCUGUUGGCCAUGAAGCCAUCAAGUUACUUGUUAAUGUGGAUGAAGAUGAUUAUGAAGCUGGUCGACUGAAGUUACUCCAGAAUCUCCAAGAUUAAAGAACAAGGCUGACAUUAACAUUUUUUUAAUUAUUAUUAAUAUU